ACACCCGCGCGAACGGAGCGAGAGAGCGAGGUGGUGACUCGGCUGGUUUACCUCCCCUUCUUCUUACGUUCUUCGCGGAUGCAACCCCCUCCUCCUACACACACGCAGACGAGGUAGUAAUCCUCUCCUGGUCCUAUCACGGAGUAGGAGUACACGGAGUAGUGUCGCGCGGAGUGUCGUACCGGAUAGGAUACGCGCAGAGGAGAGGCGGCUCGCCGGUGUCAUCCGGAUAACGUUGCUCGUUAUCACACCCCGUUAGCACGCGCCGCAUCUCCACCCAGAGUGCACUCGAUCGACAGCGAUACACGAGUAUACAUAUUUACGACGACGACGACGACGACGACGACGACGACGAGGCGGCGAUUGUUGUGAGCUACUCCGAAGGCCGAGUGUGUGUCCACGGUGUGAUCACACGAGGAACCACAAUGGCGGAGGUGGCGACGAAGAAGUCGAUCAAUGUAGUAAGUAGCAAGAAGAACGAGGUGUGCGGUGUUCAAUCUAACAAUGGUUUGAUUGAUUUGGAUGAUCUAACCACGAGUAACACUCAACUAAUUUCACUGUGCGACGAUGACGAUCUCGUACUCACAAACAAUACACGUAACGAGCUUGAGAACGACGACAAGAGCCUGCAGGAGCUGAUAGAGAGUGAACUGGCCCUGAGGAUCUGCUCGAGUAAGGACGACGAUGACGCCGUCAUCGAAGAAACCGAAAAUGUCAUCACUCAACCGGAGACAAUCAAGAAAAUCGUCCUGGACUGUCGGCAAGAUCCCGUUGAUGUUAAUGCGGAGUUCAUAGCUGCCGAGAGCGGGCACUAUUCUUUAGUCGAGGAACCGUACGGUCAUCGGAAUGGUCACGUGUCCCCGCACGUCAACAUCGAAGUUGUAAAACCAGAACCGGUACGUUUCCGUGACGAAGAGGAGGAUCAGGCGUUUGUCGAGCAGCCGGAAGCUGGUGUUGCGCCGAUAAUUAUUCAGAAAACGAACGAAGGUGAUCAAGAGUCAAGCCGCGACGAAGCUGUCGAUGUUAGCAGCAACAGUGAGGAGUGUCAGGCGAUUGUCAAGGAAGCUGUUGCUCCCGCGGAUGAUACAGACUCUGGCAAUGUCACAAAUGAUCACGUAGAUGAAUCGAACUCCCAGUCUUUCCCGAUUUCUGUCAGUUGUCCCGUGGACAAACAUCAGCGGGAGGAAGAAGACUUGGUGCCGAAGACACUCGAUGAUGUAGAUCUCCUUCACACCGACGUCGAACGGGAAAGAAAGAACGCAGAUAUAGAUAUUCCGGACGUACGGACUGUCCAGACGCCAUAUCUGUACAGUGGUAUACAGAGCGGUCGGUUCUACAACUGUGAAGAUGAGCUCUAUAUACAGCGUCAAACCCUUGACAAAUUGAAAUCCCCUUGGACGAAUAAAGAGUCUUCCACGAAUGAACAUAUCGAUACGCUUAAUGAUUCCUAUGCAAACAAUUCUGCCGAGGAGGAAAAGAAGAUUCCCACGUCGCCGAUCCAUCGGGAUAAAUCGCCGCUCUCCGAAACGAUCGAAGAGAUCGAUUUGAAACCAGAGGACUCUCGUUUCUCCGACGACGUCUGCCAGUCCGAGAUGUCCGCGGAGAUGGCCAGCACGCAGGAGUUCCUCGACAUAGAACGCCGUGUGCUAAACGAAGAGAUCGAUCAGGAACCACCGCAGAUCGUGAUAUCGUCAGAGAUCACCGAAUCUCAGGUAACGCCGGGAUCGAUUCUGGAAAACGAGUCGCCAGAGUGUCUCGUUGCGGAUGAUACGCAAAAUCUGGUGGACGAAUCCUCGAGCGAGUUCUCGGCGUCGGACUCGACUUUCAUCGAAAAAACCGAGAUUGUAGUGUCCGACACGAGCGUGACGAUCUUUUCGGAGACGAGACAACUCGUCGCCGAGCAGAUCGGGAAUCUCGACUCGUGGACCACAGUCGAGGAGGCCACAAAAUCGGCAGACGCCGAAGAACGACCGAAGGAUGCGCCAGCCGCGGCGGAACGUGACGCGGUUAACGACGCGACGAGGGACGAUAACGAAGGGAAGCAAGACGAUUACCUUGCACCCUCGUCCCCCCGUGCGCCCCUGGCCACGCCGGACGAGACGGAGACGAGCGACGUUUCUAACGCCUGUGACAGCGAAAGCCGCGAGGAAACGGUGACCGCGAGUUCCACCGUGGUGACCUCCUCGAAAGGUGGGACCAAAACGAAGAAGAAGAAGAUCGAGGGCGUUGCUGGUAACGAUGCCACCUCGCCGAACCUUACGCCGCGCACAAAGAAAACCAAGAAGAGCAAGAAGAGCGAUCUCGAGAAGGAGAACAUCUCCGUGAACUGUAGCUUACAAGACGCAAGCAUGCAUACGGGCACUCAGCGAUCGCAUUCGGAGAUGAUCGAUUUUUCCGCCAAGGACGAUUUAUCGAACGUCAAUGUUAAGUCACUGACACAGAACUAUGUCUCGGAGACGAGUCGUAGUGAUCAGGAGAAGUUGUGCAGGGAGCGGAUAGCGACUGGCGUGUCCAUCAAGCAAUUAUGUCGCAGCUUUGGCGACAUCUCGAACAUGAGUGACGGCGAUCAGGCAACUUUUGGGAAAGCGAGCCAUGCGAUGGAAAUUGAAGAGAAGGCGAGGUCUAUGGGUGAUCUGAGAGUAUGCGAGCAGGGUUACUCGCGGUUUACCAGAGACGCACCCGUCUUCGCCAGGGUGUCGGUCAAGGCCCUCAGGGCUUCCUAUUGUAGUUUGGCAAGUUUAACGAACGAGGGUAAGGACAAGGAUCGAGCAUGCGAGAAGCCGAAGCUCGAGAAAUCGAGCUUUAAUAAAUUCGACGCUCUUAGCAAGAAAGUUCUUCAUGUGCGUUCGGUUGAUGCGGGGAAAGUCCAACAGCAGUUGAAUGCAGUGGGUCAGAAUGCCGAUGCGAAUACGAACUGUCGCAGUUGCGGCAAGGUCGUGUUCCAAAUGGAGCAGACAAAGGCCGAGGGUCUGGUCUGGCACAAGAAUUGCUUCCGGUGCGUGCAGUGCAGUAAGCAGCUCAAUGUGGACAAUUAUGAGAGCCACGAGAGUAAGCUCUACUGUAAGCCACACUUCAAGGAACUCUUCCAACCGAAACCGGUCGAGGAGUCCGACCAACCUGUGCGACCUCGAAAGCCGGAGCUGAUCAUACGGGAGAACGAGCCGAAAGAAUUGCCGCCCGAUGUGGUCAGAGCUUCCGACAAACCCGAUCUGGGACUCGAAGAACUUUCAAGCUUAAACGUCAAGUCGCGCUUCCAGGUCUUUGAGAAAGCUACUACGGAGAACACCAAUGAGAUCGAACGAUCACCAUCACAAAUCGCCGUCAAGAGAUCACCCAGCAUCCUUAGUAAACUGGCCAAAUUUCAAGCGAAAGGCAUGGACAUUGGCGUGGCGGACGAAUCUCUCAAUGGCAUACCUUAUGAAGAGUCCAGCGAAAGUGAGGAUGAAGUGGAGGCAGAAGAAACCGAAGAAGUGGAAACCGAAAUCGUAAAGUCAAAACGCACUACACGCGAACGACCGAUCAGCUUUUCGAAGAUGGACGACAUCAAGAAUCGUUGGGAGAGCACCAGCCAGCAGGGAAGACGCGAGGUUCAGCGCGAGGCUAGGAAGGAAGAAAUCGCAGGAAUUCGUUCGCGGUUGUUCUUGGGUAAACAGGGUAAGAUGAAGGAAAUGUAUCAACAGGCGGUAGCUGGAAGUGACCGUGUUACGAAGAUAAAUGCAGCAGAGGAGAUUCAACACUCGACUACCCACGCUCGCUCCCUCAAAGAGAGAUUUGAACGGGGCGAGCCAAUCGCGGCGUCAGACGACGAAACUGACAGUAAACCAAAACCAGAGAAAGCCGACGAGGAGGUGAUCGCAGCAGGUAUCAGCAGGAAGUCCCGGUCACUCUUUUUGGAACUAGACGCGACUGCGGCAAAAACAGGACGUCCAGUGACGCCAGUUCAUCCAAAAACGCCAACCGAAACCUCACGACGUGCACGAGAUGCGUUCAUGGGUCGUCAAGUCUCAGACGAUGUGGUGCGCAGCUCAGAUGCGACCGAGGAGAUCCAAGUAGAAACGUCGGAAAUUUCGAACAAGUUCAAAUUCUUUGAGUCCUAUAAGGAACCGGAGAAACAGCGGAAGCAAUUUCGCAUUACGCCGCCUCGAGACGGUCAAGUCAAGAUGGAUUCACCGGAUCGCGAGAUUUACCGCGAUCCAGAUGUAGUCAGAGCCGACGACAGGGUGGACGAGGUGGUGCGCACAGACACUGCGAGGAAGAUGCUGUCCAUCUUUCGGCAGAUGGAAGAGAACGCGUGCAAGGAAGAACUGCCGGAGGGCCCGAAGCCCUUGAAACGUUUCACACCGCCCCCCGAGGAUAAAUUCGCCAAAGCAACGGCCUCGGACUCGGAGGAAGGCGAGGAUGAAGAGGGCGAGGAAACCGACGGUGAUGAAAGCGCUGAGGAGAGAGAUCCCAACUACGUUCGUGCUUCUGAUAAGGUGGAGGACGAAUUCUUGAAACAAGCGCAGAAUGCGGCGCGCGCCAAGACUCUACGUGCUAAGUUCGAGCACUGGGAGGAGACCGACGGCAAGGUCAGCAAUCACCAUGUCGCCGAAAUAGAGAUGGCCCAGGGUACGGGCGAGCAGUCCAGCAUAGAAUCGGCGAGCAGUCUUAGAGCUCGUUUCGAGUCCCUCGGCUCGCAGGCUAACGAGUCCCCGCGCACACCGAAGGUCAAAGUCAAUCGAUUUGUGGAGAUCCAGACGACAUGCACGGAGGUGUGCGAGAGCUGCGAGAAAAAGGUCUACCCCUUGGAGAAGGUCGAGACAAAUAACAAAAUCUUCCAUAAGCAAUGCUUCCGGUGUCUGCAGUGCAAUUGCAUUUUAAGGAUGGACUCCUUCACUCUGAAUAACGGCAAGCUGUACUGUAUCCCGCACUUCAAGCAACUCUUUAUUACACGGGGAAACUAUGACGAGGGCUUCGGUGUUGACCCGCACAAGAAUAAAUGGGCGACAACGAACUCCAGCAAUUCCACGAGCCCAUCGCCAAUCGCGGUCUCGAACGGCGAUCUCUGAUUUUCCAAGUCUUCCACCUCAAUUCUUUCCUGGCUAUAAAUUGCUAUUGAAUUUUAGUCGAAUUUUAGGUGGAUCUAGAUAAAGAUUUGAAGAGGGAAUAGUCCCUCUCGAAAAUACAUUUUAGGAUGUAUGUCAAUCAUCACGGAAGAGAUAUAAUAUCUUUUACAAUUUUGCCCUCGUGAAUGGUAAAUUAGAUCCACCUAUGGUCAAAACGCGAUGAUGAUUAUGAUAAAUUGUACAUUUUAUUACGUUAUUAUCGCUUACAUAUGAGAACGCGUAAUUGUAUAUUUAACGGUAAUUGGAAUGAAUCGCGAUGAUCGGAGACUCGCUCCGAGAAAAUGGUCUCUAUAUGCGAAAAUCUUUUCGAAGUGUAAAUCUUGCCAAAUGUUGAACAAAUGAAUCGAAAGGAAUGCACACAUAUUUUCUUUACUGUUCGUAAAUCGAAAACGUAAAUAUGAUUUAAAUUAUGUCGAAGAAAUAAUGAAAAAUGCGCGCGAUUUUUUCGGUUCGUCAGGUUGCGUUGAAUUAAAAUGUAUUUUAAAGUUCGUAAUGAAAGAUCAAUGAAAUAUCGAAGAAAUUAAUUUUGAUAUAAUUACAAUGUGCUAUAAAGUAUCUUCUCAAUUUUUAAACUUUAUUGUCAUCG